AUGAAGAAGUCUGGUUAAAUUAUGAAUGAAAGAAAUUGCGAAAAUGUGUAUAGGUUAAGGCUGCAAGAUGCAAGUGCAUUGCAGUCUACUUUCUAGUGAAGAUCUAGUGCCUACGUGUUAGGGAAACAACCUGUAAUGGUUUGAGAAUUAUCUUGGCGUAGUUUGAUUUGAUUCCAGCAUCAGCAGCCAUUCAUUGACAAAAUGGCGACAAGAGCGGCAACAUUCACAUCCAAGAUCCGGAACUUGAAGGACUACCAUUACCGUAUCAUCAACAACCUGUCUCCUCAGCCAACAGGUGUGGAUAUUGCCAACACCCUCAAAUACUUCUCACAGACUCUUCUCAGUGUGUUGAAGGAUGUCCCAAACAUCCCGGCUGAGAGUUUUGGCCCGCGACAGAGAGACAGUGUCAGAUUGUCCAUCUUCCCCAACCUGAACUAUUGUGGACUGUACAAGGCAGUGUUAGGAAUUAUCGAUGUAGUUCCUCUUUUGCAGUUUGGACAACUGGCGCUUGGAGAAGCAGUCCUCAAUGUGCUGGGCUGUCUGGUACCUUUCCUGGAGUAUGAUCUGCUGGAUUCUCUGCCUUACACAGUGGCUGCUACUCUGGCCAUCUUCCCAAAGUCUCUGCACAAAGACACCAUUGAACUACUCUGUAGUAACCUUCUUCCUAUGACACUGGGUUUUGACGGGUGUGCUGAGCCGUCCUACGCCAGCGAGUCUGCUGCAGCUAUCAUGACUUUGGUCUUCCAGCACACAGACAAUGGAGCCUUCCAUACACAAAUUGUGGAGACACUGAUGAGCAUGAAGAAAUCUCUCUGUAAGGACAUAUUAAGUGUGAUUGCGUAUGGCCCGCCAGCAGCCAAGGCUCCAGCCGUCCACCUGCUGUUUUACUACUGGCCGCAGCUGAACCCACUGCUCUCUGACAGGAGAGGGCUACACUACAAAUACCUGGCGUGGACCCCUGUGUUGUGCCAAAGAGAAAAGUGUUUGAAUGCAAGGAACUGUCAAGCUGUAAAGAUGUGCCUGAACCCUGCCCUAGCCAUACAGUCUGGAGACAAACCUCCUCCCCUGUACAUCUGUAGUGACUGUGUGGAUGUCCUGAAGAGGGAUCACGCUGAGUAUAUGGUGGACAUCACACUGCCCAUGUCACACAUCUCACCUCUGUGUGAGAACAAGAACUGCUCUGCCACGGAUCACACGGCGGUCUGCACCUGCUUCUCAAUUGAGUGUGCCAGUUACAAUGGGAAUCACCCUAUCCGUUACUGCCGAAUCUGUCACUUUUCUCGUCACUCCACCGAUCAUGGCAUGACCCAUAUCUUUCAUGACAGCAUUCCUGACAUCUGGGAUUGCCCCUCUGACAUGCAGCGGUACCUGCUGGAUGCCAUUGUUAGCUUGUUGAAGGAGGCUCAGCCUAUAGAAUCAAAGCGUAUGGUGGAAAUGGGUGAGGAACAUCGUCAGCGGGUGAUGGAUGAUGAGGACUUCUUUGAGGCGGAGGAGGCAGAGGAGAGGAAACUGCUGAGUCGAUAUGGGAUCUGGCUCAUGGUGGAGCUCUGCAACACCAGAGAGGACAUCCCAAUAGAAGUUCUUGGUCGUCUUUUGGGAAUGUUAUUCCAGUGGUUUGAUUCCACAGCCUAUUUGCCUGACGAUAAUGUAGGAAAUGCAUUGGAGAAGCUGAAACCUGAGUACGUGUACAAGUGGCUGCAGAGAGUGAACAAGACUCACUUUGAAGUGAUAGUUUCCUGCCUCCUUCCUCACCCAGUGGAGUACGCCCGGGUGGGAGGAUACUGGGAUACCCUUGCCAACAGAACCUGUCAAAUCAAAGAGGGACUGAAUCGUUUGUUUUGUCUGGUUCCAUAUGAUAUCAUCACAUUUGAGAUCUGGGACUAUGUGAUGCCCUAUUGGCUGGAGGCUGUCCGCACAGAGGUCCCCAGUGGGGACAUGGGCGAACUUAAGGUUCUUCUCUGUAAGGCAUUUGACAUUGACAUGUGUCCUCUGCCCUUCACACUGGAGAAGAUGUACCACUUUGCGUCUGAGCGCUUUGUGGAUCAGGGGGCAUAUGUCCAGGAGCAAGCCUUACAGUGGCUCCAGAUCCUGUCAGACGUUGACAUCAUUAUCCCCAUGCACAUCUUGUUUGGCGUGUUCAAGUCCGGUGUGAACUCACUAACGAGUGCAGAGGUGAUAGCAGAGUCGAUGGGGCGCCCCUUGGCCCACCACUCCCUGCUGUCCCCCUCCUCCCCCAUUGAGGAUUAUGUGCCUCCCCUGAGCCCUGAGCACACCCACGGCAUGUGCGACCAGGCUGACAUGUUUGACAGAGAGACAGAACUCAACUUACCCUGCUACAUCCUCAUGCUUGACCUCAUUCUGAAACAGAUGGAGCUGCAGGAUUCCCCUGAGCACCUGGGGAUAUUUAAUGAGACAACCAAGGAUAUCAUGCAGCUGGUAUCAUCCAUGUUGAGCAGAACAUGGGAUGGCACCCACACCUGUCAGGAGGAACAGAACUCUGUCAACUGUCUGUUCUGUCAGAACAUCGUCCUUUGGCACAAACUGGCGUCAGAACUCUUUGGCAGAAUUCUACCCAGGGACCCGGUCAAAAUUCCCACCAAGGAGCUGCCCAAAAUGGACGAGAUGCAAAAACAGAAGUCUCACAAAAAGAAAAACAAUCAGGCAGAUGGGAAUUCUUCCCCAGAACUAAAAGACGAUGAUGAGGAAGUAGAGCCAGAUUUCAGAGUGAAGGAAAUGCCUGUCCAUCUACAGCUCUUUGAUGCUUUGCUAAAGGAGCUUCACGAGUUGGAGGACUCAGAUGCUAUCUUCAGUCUGUUAUACUCUCUUAAGUUUCUGUGUUUACAUGGAGAAUGUCUGAACUACACUGUCAGUCAGUAUGAGACUUACCUCAAGUACAGCAUGUCUAAAACACUGGUGCCAGAGUUGUGGAAGUUGUUACAGUCUGACCAUUCACACCUGUCUUUUGUGGCCGUACCUCUGCUGCUACACUGCAUGACUUUGCCCACUGGAGCUGACGUCUUCUGGCAAGUCGUAGAGGAGGAGUAUAGCAGUGACGACUGGAGGCAGAGAUUUGCCUGUGUUGAGAAGGUGACUGUGUUGGCGCGACACCUGGACAGUGACAUGAUCCGCUGUAACCAGGUGAUACAGACCACUCUGGCCCACGCCUUCUGCCUACUGAUUGGUUCUCUAGAGGACAUUAAUGCUGCUGUGGCUCAGAAGACUGUACUCUACCUGGAAACAAUUAAGCCUUCAGCCAUCAAGUGCCUGUGCCAGUGUCUGGAGUUCCAGUUUGACACAGUGAUUGCUGAUCGGGUGAUGAUACUACAGCGUCUCCGACUGCUGGCCAGCACUCUUCCCACCCAGCCUAUCCUCACCUGGGAGUUCUUCCUCAACCGCUUUGACACUCUAUCCCUAGAGGCUCAGCUCGACCUGGAGAGUAACGGUGAUAUACAGUACCCCACAGACCUUUCCAGUAGUGAUCGAGAAAGUGAACACUUCCUGCGCAAACUUAAUCGAGCACGAUUUGCCCUGGCGCGCACAGACAGCAUUCGUUCAGUGAGCGACAGUCUCAAGACCAAGCCUCCAUACAGGCGCACAGUCUCUGUGCCCCUCCAUCUGGUGACCAAAACAGCAUCCCCUAAAGCUGCUUCUCCUUCACGUAUCAAGUUGAUAGAGUUCAAUGCCAAGUGGCGACUGCUGAAGGAGAAGGAUAAGGCUUAUAUGAGACAGCAGUCUGCUCCAUUUAAUCUUGGCCGCCGACUGACCGGGAAGUUUUCUGGUGGUCUUGGGGGUUUCAGUAACUACAUGUUUCAAGGAGGACAAUUGAGAGAGUUCACAGAUGAGGAGAGUAAUUUUGCUGCCUUACUGCAGCGGGCCAUGGACCUUGAAGGGGUGGACAGAAACACAGUCUACGAGCUUGUCGCCCUGCUUAUGAAGUACAUGGUUAAAUGUAACCAGGAUGAAGUGAAUGAAGACAGGGCAGCUUUUAAAGCUCAGAAUAUCGUGCUGAGACACCUGAAUGUGUUGCUGGGCUAUAACCAGACAGAGAAAGCCUUCAGUGUACCACCUUACAAACUCAGGUGCUCGGCUGUGUUCAAUGCAUUUCUGGCUGGAUUACCACAUGUUCUGGAUAAGAACUUUAAGUUAGGUAACAUGAUAUUGCCCAUAUCACUGUUGCUGCUGCAGUACGGCCCGUCCCCUCAGCGAUAUGCCAGUGACUACCAGCCCCCAACCUACACACUGUGGUACCUGGAGCCUCACACACGCCAGGCAUGGCUCAUGGCUCUCCUUGUCAUUCUCUACAAGUAUCAGAUCAGCAGCACCCCUGUCUCCACCAUCAUGCAGACUCUGAUCAGGAUAGUCAUCAACACCAUUGAUGCCCAGCACCACCGCUGUAAAAAGAACGAAGAUGGAUUUGCCCCAGCUAGUCCAGCCGUGCCCAGAAACAGAGAUGCGAGUAAGGUGUCAAUGAGUGACCUGGAGAACAUCCAGGAGACAGAGACUCCACCCCAAAGCCCCACUGAAUCUCAUGGAGACUUGCUGAGCAUCCACUUGAGAUCCCCAGCCAAGGAGAGCCUGGUCCAGUAUGUCCGGUCUCGGCAACCUGAGGGCCUGGUGGAGGAGGAGCCAUCCGAUGCAGACUCCUCCCCUGCCCUGAAACUCAACAGAAAACCCCUGAAGAUCCCCGUACAUCGCACUCCACGACGCCUGGUCGACUACUCUCUGACAGAAAGCGAGGAGGAGCGUGAUGACAGGACGUGCAAGGAGCAGCGGGCAAUUCAUGAAGCAGACAAAGAGCAGAGCACAGACAGAGAGACGGAGAGGGAAGAUGAUGAGGAUAAGGAUUCUGAUGACAGCCACACUACAGCUGAAAGGAAGGACAGCCUGGAUCAGGUGAGUUCCUCAACAACAGCCAAGACUUCAACCUCCUCUGGGGUGCAGAGGGAUGAGAUUGUGGAGUCACAUACCACCUGUACUAACCUGUCUGAGGAUUCGUACCUGGAAGACACAGCCAAUACACCUGGGGAGGCAGCACCUGGCCUCCAUGGGGCAAACCCCUCCCAACUCCCCGCUUCUGCAGUGGAUCACAAGAUGGUGCAGCAGAUAGAAGAGUUUGAGGGUGAGGUCAGGCGUUCGUCUAGAACUCAGAUACAACCGUUAAGUGGGUCUGAGAUGGAUGGGAUGAAGACCAGCUCUGAGCAGCAGGCUGACGAUGAAGAGGGCUCUCAGAGAAAACUGAGUGGUGAGGAGAAGGAGAGGAAGCGUAGCUCGGAGGAGCGUGAUUCCUUGUCACGGGAGAGAAUCGGGGGCUCAGAGGAGCGAGCACUUAGUUCGGAAGAGAGACUGCUGUCAUCUGAUCAGGGUCGGGAGACAAUGUCAGAAGUGGAAGAGAGUGCAGAGGACAGCGAGAAGACACAGACGACAUCGGACGCAGAGUCAGACAAACAACAAGCAACCACAGACUCUGGGGAAUGCCAGCAAGAUGAUAAUAAAGAGCUAGGUGAAGAAGACCUGGCUCACCAGACUCCUUCUUCACUGCCUAAGCCAAACUUCAGACAGAGGAAGCAGAGAAAGACUGGCCUGACAACAGUUGAACUACAGAAGAUAUUCCCUGAGUUAGCUGAUACAGGUCCUACUCAGGAGACAACUUCCUCCCCAAAACCCAGCAGUCGCAGAUCACGUAAAGCAGAAAUCCUAAACAAACCCCAGAAGCCUAAGAAGCAGGCACCAUCUCGGUGCAGUGAGACUCUGUUGGUGGAGAGGUGCCCAGAAUGCAAUGCUGUCCUGGAGCAGUAUGACGAGGACACAGUUGGUCAGUGUAUCAUCGUCCUGGCAACCUUCAUUCAUAGAGAGCCCUCGCUGGCCACACCCAUUCUUCUGGAGACAUUUCAGACUGUGGCAAGAAUUGCAAGUCAUAGCCCUUAUUCCUGGCAGUCAGAUGGUUUGGUUGUUCCUGGGAAUUGUGUGAGUAUAGCUCGUCAGUUCCUGAGGUGUUGCUUACAUCAGCUAGCUCCAAAUGGAAUCUUCCCAAUGCUCUUCCAGAGUAACAUUGAAGAUUCAAGCUUUAUGAAAACAAUGGCUACAGCUUUGGUGGACUUCAGUGAGUUGAAUUGCCAUGCACCCUUACUCUUCCUGUUAGAGGGGUUAAACAGUAAGAAGAACCUGCCAACAGAAGGGAUUGUCCUAUUGCUGAACAACGUGUCGACAUACAUCAACUGUAUCACCCUGGAGAGUAACUCACCCGUGUGGAACAACAUUCUCAUACAGUUUGACAUUUUCUUCCGGCGCCUGGUCACUGUGCUGCCAAACCCCUGCGAUAUGACCUCCUCAAUGAAGAUCAUGAUAGCUGUCCUCAAGGUCCCUGGUGUGGCCAAUAACAGAUGUAUUCUCGAGCCCUUCUCCAAGCUACUGAGCUUUGCUCUCCAGAACUGUUCUUUCAAACUGCAGCAUCUACUGGAUAUAUGUUCUCUCAGCAACAGGGCAUUUGUCAAGGAGCGGGAUAAGCUGUUCCUGACAAGGAGCGUCAUAUUUGAGUUUGUCCAAGCUCUCAAAUUCAAGUCAACUUUACCUGAUGAGAACUGGCUAUUACUAGCUCAGUUUGUAAUCUUGGAUGCUGGAGGAACGAUUUCUCCCACCCCUAUUGUGGAGGAUAUGGCUGCUCUGUAUCACUCCCACGCUAAUGCCCUGGUCAGCACAUCAGCCUCUGAGUGUAUGCGACAGCACCUGACAGACUGUACAGAAUUCAUUGCUGACCUUCACACACUCACCAAGGUCAAGAGUAUCAUGAAAGGAGGAAGCAGCAGCCUGAACGAAGACACCUUGGGGAGUCAGCUUAAGGCAGCCCUGGCCCAGUAUAUUGCCCUGGAGAUCAGCAAGGGGAACGGCAGAGACAGCCGUGCCAUUACGCGUUACCUCCCCUGGCUUUACCAUCCCCCAUCAGCCAUGCAACAAGGCACUAAGGAGUUUAUUGACUGUGUGGGUCACAUUCGGUUACUGUCCUGGCUGCUAAUUGGUUCCCUGACCCACACAGCACUGACAGAUGGCACCGCCCCUGUGGUGUGUCAGCCAAUACCCAUGGAGGCCAGCAAUCAGAUAGCUGACCACGUCAUGGUGAUCAUGACAGGUUUUGCUGAGCAAUCCAAGGCUUCUGUCCCUCACAUGUCCUCACUCUUCCAUGCUUUUAUCCUCUGUCAGCUGUGGACCAUGUACUGUGAGUCUGCAGCCACCAUGCACCCUGCAGGGAGUGAGUCACACAUCACCGCCUCUAGUACCAUCAUGGAUUUCUGGGCACGGGUCACCCCCGGGGUACUUCAGCUCCUCUCUCACUCCAAAGUGGAAGUCAGCGAUGGAAGAAAACAAGUUGUAUCACUGGCAGAGAUGGUGAAUCUUCACUUCCUCAGUCUAAUGGAAGCGCUGCAGGAGUGUAACUCGUUUGUGUUGGCCAAGCUAUUCCCAAUGUGGACAUCCGUCUUGUACUCCUAUCAUUCGCAGCUUCCAGGCCACCUGCAGGUGAGGUUACAGACCUGUCAGAACUGGGAACCCACCAGGAACACCAGCUCUCAGCCCUCCACCACCUGCAGCAUGUUACUCACCUGGUUGAAGAGGAUCCAGUUCAAGCUGGGACAGAUUGAGGUCCAGUCUUCAACUGCCACUCAGUUCUUCACAGUUUAGAUGGCAAGCUACAUGUAGCAGGUCAAAGAGCUGGGUCCAGUCUUCAACUGCUACUCAGUUCUUCACAGUUUAGAUGACAAGCUACAUGUAGCAGGUCAAAGAGCUGGGUCCAGUCUUCAACUGCUACUCAGUUCUUCACAGUUUAGAUGACAAGCUACAUGUAGCAGGUCAAAGAGAAGGGUCCAGUUUUCCAGUGCUACUCAGUUCUUCACAGUUUAGAUGUAGCGGGUGAAAGAGAAGGAUCCAGUCUUCAACUGGUUCUCAUUUCUUCACAGUUUAUGUGCUACAGUCACAGGGCAAAGCAAAUUCAGUAUAAGCUAGGAUAGAACUGGGUUAGUCUACUGAGUUAUUCACAGUUUAAGUCACCUGCGAGCAACAUAAGAAGAACCUUGUACCGGUAACUACUUCUCAACUGCUACUUUAAUAGUUUUUUAGUGCUUAAAUGACAGAAAGAUUAGCUUUAAAUUUUAAGCUGUAAAGACAGAAAAAUUUGCUCUGCAGUUCUUUAUUAUUUGAGGGCUUUAACAUUUAUUAAUAUGUGGUGCAUUAAGGCAAAUCAAGGUCACCAAAAUUGUAAUCAAUUAAGAUAGUUAAGUCAAAUCUGCAAUGAAUCAAAUAAUAUAUGGCCUAUACAGUCUGAAGAUAUGGGGCCAUUCAUUAGACCUCAUGAAGGAGUUUUAUAAUAGUCUUGAGACAAGCCAAAAUUCCUGUUGUGGAACGAGCUCAUAGGCUUAGAUCUGGCUUAAGAUAUUAGUUACCUGGAGGAUUUGUGUAUAAAUGACAAAUAUCACUGUGAAUUAAUAUACAUGUGCUGAAUUCUGUUUACUUCAGCUGUUUUAAUAGGGCCUAUGUGCUGCAUACUAAUAAAUGCAUGUUGGCUUUCAUCAGAUAUUCCAGGGUUGCUGCAUUGUUGUAGACGGACUGCAAUGUACAUGUCAGAAUAUAGAGCUCAGCAUCUGACACACAGGAUUAUCUAAUAAUGUGUAUCUUUGAUUUCCAACAGGAAAUGUUGGUGACACCAUGGUUAUUGUAUAGGGUAAUUUUUAAGCUUAGUCAUGACAGAGUGCUGUAAGGGCAUUGAACUUAGAAUGUACACAUGGUUUGAAGGUAGACAUGAGUAAAUAAGACAUUUCAGUUGGUAAGUAGGUUCUUCCAUACACAUGCACAUGUACAUGUAUGUUAGAUUUAUGUUGUUAUACAUGCUGAUUUACAUGUAUUAUACAUGUCCACAA